AUGGCAUCUAACGGUGUCAACAAGGCCCAGGCUGUAUCUGUAAGCCUUGAGGACCUGCGCAAUGGUGAUGUGCCUUUCUCAAAGCUCGAGGAAGCUUUCGGUCCCUCAUCGCUCGGGAUCAUCAUCGUGAAAGAUCUACCGGAGCAGUUUGCCCGGCUACGGCACGAAUUACUCUCAUAUUCGUCUUACCUUGCAAAUCUGCCUCAAGAGGAGCUAGCCAAGCUCGAGUCGCCCGCUUCGCACUACCUUGUCGGCUGGUCCUGCGGAAAGGAGACUCUCAAAGACGGCCGCUAUGAUACGCUCAAGGGCUCCUACUACGUGAACUGCGCGGAUGGCUUCGAUAACCCUGGGGUACAGGAGAAGCUCGUCAACGACUAUCCUUCGUUCCCUGAGUACACUGCUCCCAACGUCUGGCCGGACGAAGCCAUUCUUCCCAGCUUCGAGUCCGUCUUCCGCGAGCUAUGUAAUCUGAUCAUCGAUACGGCCGUUCUGGUUGCCAAAGCAUGCGACAAGUACGCAGAACAGAAGAUUGAGGGUUACAAGCCCGGCUAUCUGGAGCAUGUCGUCAAGACCUCAGUGGCCACCAAAGCCCGACUGCUGCACUAUUUUCCUUCUGCAGAUGCCAAUGGCAGCGCGCAAAGCCAGAACGGGGACGAAGACGACUGGUGCGCUACUCACCUCGAUCACGGCUGUCUCACCGGCCUAACAAGCGCAAUGUUCGUCGACGAGGCAGCGAACCCGCCCACCUUCACCGGCACACCAACGCCCCUUGCAGAGCUUGACGCACCGCCCGAUCCAAAAGCUGGUCUGUACAUCCACUCCCGGUCCGGCGAUGUCAAGAAGGUUGCUAUACCGAGAGACUGCCUCGCGUUUCAGACGGGAGAGGCGCUGGAGGUAAUUACUCAAGGGAAGUUCAGGGCUGUGCCGCAUUUCGUGCGGGGUGCCGCAACAGGAAAGGGAAGAAAGGUUGCGAGAAACACGCUCGCGGUGUUCACGCAGCCGAAUCUGUGGGAGAGGGUUGAUGAGAAGAGAACGUUUGCGGACUUUGCGAGGGAGGUUGUUGAGAAGAACCAUUAG